AUGCCGAAGACCUCAGUUUUCCGUACCAGAGUCGGAACAGAACUCCUUAUGGGAAAGAUCAUAAAGCUCAAUAAUAUUGGAAUUGAUAGGAUCCCAUGUGCUCAGGUACGAUGCAGCGUCAAUGAAUUCAACAUUUAUCUGAAAAAAUACUUUGCACGAUCUUCCGACUACUGGGUUCUUGACAAACAAAAUCUCGGAGGUCUUGGAGAUACAGUUAUGAUCAAGCGCAUUGAAGGAAAUCUUCGGCCGACUGCUGAUGUCGCUCACUCAAUUGAUAAGAUUGUCUUCAAAUAUGGAAACAUAGUCGAUCCUGUAACUGGUAAAAGAGUUAUUAAAGACGAAUUCGAAGACGAAAUCGAGUUGAAGAAACUACUCGUUCAGGAGAUUGUAGAUGAACCUCUCGAGCAGGAUGCUUUAUUAUUCGAAGAACGGCGAGCAGCUCAAUUGAACGAACUGGAAAAGAAGAAGAUGGAAAUCCUUUGA